AUGUCGAGUGUGGGUCAGGCGUCUGGGCGGAGAUGCGUGAGAACGGCUCUGUGCUGUGUUCACCGGAGGCCGAGCCGAGCCGAGCCUCCGAAAGACGAUCCGUGUUGUUUCGGAGAUGGAUGCGAGCGGAGCCAGGCGCGCCGGCUUCGCUCACAGGGGCAGCGAGGCCGGUGGGUGAGUGACGGGAGGUUUCAGGUGAACGCCGAGAGAAACCAGAGACCGGAGGUGGCUCUGCAGAUGCAUCCUCACUCUUUCCACUCACACGUCCCGCCCUCCACAGGGCUGUGUUUUUGCCAGCUCCUGUGCAGCGACAGCAAAGGUCACAGCUCAUUUGCCUCAGCUCUGGGUCAGUGCAGCAGCCCUCCUCCUCCUCUCUGCAGCUCUGGGUCAGUGCAGCAGCCCUCCUCCUCCUCUCUGCAGCUCUGGGUCAGUGCAGCAGCCCUCCUCCUCCUCUCUGCAGCUCUGGGUCAGUGCAGCAGCCCUCCUCCUCCUCUCUGCAGCUCUGGGUCAGUGCAGCAGCCCUCCUCCUCCUCUCUGCAGCUCUGGGUCAGUGCAGCAGCCCUCCUCCUCCUCUCUGCAGCUCUGGGUCAGUGCAGCAGCCCUCCUCCUCCUCACUGCAGACCCUGGGUCAGUGCAGCAGCCCUCCUCCUCCUCACUGCAGACCCUGGGUCAGUGCAGCAGCCCUCCUCCUCCUCACUGCAGCUCUGGGUCAGUGCAGCAGCCCUCCUCCUCCUCACUGCAGACCCUGGGUCAGUGCAGCAGCCCUCCUCCUCCUCUCUGCAGCUCUGGGUCAGUGCAGCAGCCCUCCUCCUCCUCUCUGCAGCUCUGGGUCAGUGCAGCAGCCCUCCUCCUCCUCACUGCAGCUCUGGGUCAGUGCUGCAGCCCUCCUCCUCCUCACUGCAGACCCUGGGUCAGUGCAGCAGCCCUCCUCCUCCUCACUGCAGACCCUGGGUCAGUGCAGCAGCCCUCCUCCUCCUCACUGCAGACCCUGGGUCAGUGCAGCAGCCCUCCUCCUCCUCACUGCAGACCCUGGACCCAGAACUCUACCAAAUCACACACAGAUUGAAUUGA